AUAUUUCCAAUUUGAAAUUGUAAAUUAAAAUAAAACAUUUUCGUAAAUUAAUUUAAAAUUUAAAUUUUAUAUUAUUUGGCCUUAAGACUAUUUCCAACAUUAUGAACUUGGCAAUAGUAGUAUUAAUUUUGUGUGCGUAUAAGUUGUACAUGGUUAAUGGCCAGGGUAAAGUGAGCAAAGAAUGUAAAUCUAGCUCAAAUGCCGAUACGUGCUUGAUGCGAUUAUUUAUGAUAGGCGACCCUGAUUAUAUAUGGCCCGAGGACAUGGCCAGAAUGGACAAACAAUGCGAAACAUAUAAAGUCAACGAAAAAUGUAUCCGGGACUACGCCACUAAAUGUUAUCCGACCUUUCUCAGACAAAUCACCAAUGUGUUUGCCUAUGGUGCUGCUAAAACAAACAAAGUAUACUGUUCAAGUGCAAGUCGUAAGGAAGCGUAUAUUUCAAUUGGCAAGUGUGGCAAUAAAAUAAAACCUCAGCAAGAUAAAUGUAUGAAGCAACUCAUUACCGCCAUACAGGGUAUUGAGAAUUACCCGGAUCCUAAAAUGCGUUUACCACUAUCGUGCUGGUUAGUAAUAUUAAACAACUUCCACAAAUUGAAGGCAUGUCUACUGGGUAACGUUGCCCGCGAGGGUGCGCCCCUGUGUACCGAAAGUGUGUAUAAGGAGAGCGUAUAUCUAGCGGACGGUUAUGCCACUGAUAUACUGAACUUGAUUUGCAGCGACUAUACGGAGGACUCGGACAAAUGUGCCAAGCUCAUUAUCAAAACACCGAAAAAGUUACCACAUCAAAAAACACCCAAAUCUAUACUACCACCAUUUUUUAAUAUAAUGAACUCCAUGCCGCAUUAAUGUAACGUGGCAAUUUCUAGAUUUUGAAUAUAUUCCUAAUGCUACAGUAUUAUCAACAAUGUUAAUAUGUUUUGCACACACUAGAGGGUGACAGGGUUAAAUAUGUCUGCUUUGUAUUUUAAAAACGGAAUAUCAAAAAUAAAAAAUAUUUUUUAUAGCUUACAUACAUUAAUGAUAUAAAAUUUAACCAAC